AUGCUGGGCUGGUGUGAAGCGAUAGCCCGUAACCCUCACAGAAUCCCAAACAACACGCGAACACCUGAGAUCUCAGGGGAUUUGGCUGAUGCCUCACAAACGUCCACAUUGAAUGACAAAUCCCCCGGGCGAUCGGCAAGUCGAUCAAGUAAUAUUUCAAAAGCAAGCAGUCCAACAACAGGGACAGCUCCCAGGAGCCAGUCAAGAUUGUCUGUCUGUCCAUCUACUCAGGACAUCUGCAGAUCUGCCAUCUUGCAUGACAUGUCAGAAGAUGCAUUUGAGCAAUGCACCCCUGUCAUGGUGCUGAGCCCUGCUAGGAAAGAGUCUGGUAAGAAAUCAGUAAAACAGAGGCCUAGGAGGAGGAGGAGGGCCUCUGAGAGAUAUGAGCCUGCAGAAGAACAAAUAAAAGGGAGAAGAAAUGAUUUUCACCUCCAAAUCACAAGCCCCAGAUGGAGCGAGCUUUAUGCAGACUCUUCAGAUUCAUCUUCCACAGAUGAGAUUCACUGGAUUCAGGCAAAGAGAAGAGCCCAAGUUAAAUUCCGACUGUCACGAAGAAGAAGGAGAAAUGGCAAUAAGCCAUGUGGAAACGUGGAUGGGCCUUUUGCUCCUCAUGGAAUGGAUCUGGUAGAUGUGGAAUCCAAAGGGAAAGAGCAACAAGAGCUGACUGAAUGUACAAGUUGCUCUUUAAAUCUCUGCAGAGGAAAGGGCACAAGGUGCCAAGAAUGCAGUCUUUCCCUGCCACAAGGAUCCUUUGAGAUUAAGAGAUCCUCAAGGGAGCACGAGGAGAGCAAAGGCAGGUACCACCACAGGGAUCUGCAGCUCUUGCAUCGUCUUGGGCAAUAUGAAACCAUCCAGAAAAGACUUUCAGAAGCCGAUUGCAGCACUGAUAUAUUGGCAGUAGCCGAAGGUGGCAAGUAUGUGGACGCUGCCGCGUUCCAGGUGAAUAACUCUGUGCAGAAGCCUCCUGCCACCUACCAUGACGGGUCUGAUAAUUUAAAAAUAUGCAGGAUCUGUCACUGUGAAGGGGAUGAAGAGAGCCCCCUCAUCACACCCUGUCGCUGCACGGGCACCCUGCGCUUUGUCCACCAGUCCUGCCUCCACCAGUGGAUCAAGAGCUCAGAUACGCGCUGCUGUGAGCUCUGCAAGUAUGACUUCAUAAUGGAGACUAAGCUCAAACCCCUCCGGAAGUGGGAGAAACUACAGAUGACCACGAGCGAAAGGAGGAAAAUAUUCUGCUCUGUCACAUUCCACGUAAUCGCCAUCACCUGUGUGGUUUGGUCUUUGUAUGUAUUAAUAGAUCGGACAGCGGAGGAAAUCAAGCAAGGCAACGAUAAUGGUGUCCUUGAAUGGCCAUUUUGGACAAAACUGGUUGUGGUGGCCAUUGGCUUCACGGGAGGUCUUGUCUUCAUGUACGUACAGUGUAAAGUCUACGUUCAGUUAUGGCGCAGGCUGAAGGCCUACAACCGUGUGAUCUUUGUGCAAAAUUGCCCAGACACUGCCAAAAAGCAGGAGAAGAACUUCUCAUGUAAUGUAAACACGGACAUCAAGGAUGCCGUGGUAGUGCCUGUAUCACAAACGGGUACCAAUUCCCUGCCAGCUGCAGACGGCGGCCCCCCUGAGGUUAUACCAGUGUGA